GGGUUGCUGGGAAGUAUUUGUAGUUCAUGGCAGCCCUGGAAGGUCGCUGUGACCUCGUGGAAUAAGGGAAAUCUUCAUGUCUUGGCAAUUAUUGGUCCGAUUACCAGUCCAUGUAAGGUUUUAAGUACUUGAUACUGACUUUAAAGCCCCAUUAUGUCCACCCCCGCCAAGAAAGUCAGAAAGAGCCAGGCUCAAGUCAAAAGUUUGCCGAAUAUCUUGAUCACCGGUACUCCGGGCACGGGAAAGAGUACCUUAAGUAAGGUUUUAGGAGAGAAAUCGGGAUUAAAGUGGAUCAGUAUUGGCGAUUUUGCCAAGGAGAAAGGAUUCUUGGGCGACUAUGAUUCGGAAUUGGAGUGUCACGAAUUGGAAGAGGACCCGUUGUUGGAUGAGCUGGAGGAUCUGAUCGGAGCGGGAGGAAUCAUUGUAGAUCAUCAUGUAACAGACUUCUUUCCGGAGAGAUAUUUUGAUAUUGUGUUUGUGCUUCGAACCGACAAUGGCCAUCUCCAUGAUCGACUCAAAGCCAGAGAUUAUAACGAGAAGAAACUGCAAAACAAUCUGGAGUGCGAAAUCUUCCAAACCAUCUUGGACGAGGCCAAGAACUCCUAUGACGAAAACAUAGUUCACGAACUGACGAGCAAUCAAAAGAGUGACAUUGAAUCGAAUCUUGAGCGGAUUUUGGCUUGGAUUGACCAAUGGAAGUCCGAUAAUAGCAUGAAAUAAACGCACUUUGGCCUUGAUCCGGUGGCCGUCCUGAUCUCAACUCCUAUUUCAUUCGUUUGUUUCAG